AUGCUGGUGAGAUGCAGGAGCCAGGGGCCCACCUCGCGGCAGGUGCCCCUCUGCAAGCCGACCUCUAGCCCUUCUCCCUUGCAGAGUCCAAAUGCGUCCCGUGACCCCGAGCUUCGGAGUGCCCCAGCCCCCGACGGCGUCCCUGCGGGAACGAGCGCCUCCCCAGGACGGCCAGAGAGGCCCCUGGGGCCGCGCGCGCCGCCGGGGCUGGAGGAGGCGCUAAGCGCGCUCGGGCUGGAGGGAGAGCGCGAGUACGCCGGAGACAUCUUCGCCGAAGUCAUGGUGUGCAGCACGCUGUCUCGGAGGGCUCUGCCCCGCACUGUGACACCGGAGAUGCGGGCGCUGGUGGUGGACUGGCUGGUCCAGGUGCACGAGUACCUGGGCCUGGCAGGGGAAACCCUCUACCUGGCCGUGCACUUGCUUGAUGCCUACCUGCGCGCGGGCCGAGUGCGCCUACACCGCCUGCAGCUGCUGGGCGUGGCCUGCCUGUUCGUGGCCUGCAAAAUGGAAGAAUGCGUGCUUCCUGAGCCCGCCUCCCUCUGCCUCCUGGGAGCUGGCUCCUUUUCCAGAGCCGAGCUUCUGCGGGCAGAGCGCCGCAUCCUGAGCUGUUUGGAUUUCCGGUUGCACCACCCAGGCCCACUGCUUUGCCUCGGGCUACUCGCUGCCCUCGCCCGGAGCAGCCCCCAGGUGAUGCUACUUGCCACCUACUUCCUGGAGCUGUCUCUGCUGGAGGCCGAGGCCGCAGGAUGGGAGCCUGGCCGUCGCGCAGCUGCGGCGCUAAGCCUGGCGCAACGCAUGCUCGACGGGACGGGCUCCGGGCCCAAGCCGGCGCUUUACAGCCCAGCGGAGUUGGGCCAGCUGGAGCCGUUCAUGGUACGCGCCGCGCUCCGAGGCCCGGCGCCCGGCCGUGCCGCCAUCUUCCUCAAGUACGCGCGGCCCCAGCGCCAGGGCACCAGCCUCGCCGCCGCCCGCCUGCUCCGCCGCCCCCAGCCCGGGCCUCCUUGAGCCCCGAGGCCAGAUCAAAAAAGAUUCCGUUUGUGUCCCUCUCCCACUUCAAUAAAAGAGUUUCUUUUAUUCCGA